AUGCAGGUGCGACGUGUAUUGUAUUUUCUGGCUCUACUUAUGAGUGUUGCCUCUGUUUGCAUGGCGGCUGCUGAAGCUGGAGGGCAUGAACAUUCUUCUACCUCUUCUAACUCUGGUGAUAAAUGUCUUCCUCCUCCCGAAACUAAUGCUGCUGUUGAACGUGAUAAUCCUCGUGAUAUUACUAAAUAUUGUGAUGAACAGCGUCGUUCUAAUGCUCCUCCUGCUGGUAGUAGUAAUGGUUCUGCUCAUCCUGCUGCUCCUUCACCUCCUGUUCCUUCUCCUCCUAUUGCUGCUGGUGCUGCUGGGGAAGGGAGUAAUGGUUCGUCUCCAUCUGGAGGUCCAACUGGAGCCAACGUCAACACUCCAGCAGGUGAAGGUGCAGUCAACGCGGAGAGUACAGCAACAGCACAACCCACUUCUCCUUCUCCCGAAUCUUCAGACACAGAGACUGCCAAUGGUUCUGGCACUGCAAACGAUGGGGGUGGCAGUACACCUGCAGGGAGU